CACUUAAAACCAAAAUAAUGUUGGUGCAACUGGGCUUUAGAGGUUUUGAGCUAGCUUUCUUGCGAAUCAGCAGCCAAAAAUCAAUUUUAUUUUCAAAUAACUGUUAUAUAAGCAGCACUCGAUGACACGAUGAGCGAAGCCGCGGAAAACACGUGCGAAAACAAAGACGAUCUGAUCACGAUUGGCACAUAUGUGAUAAUCAAGAAGCAGAAUUACAGUAAGGUGUACAAGGUAUCAGAGAAUGCUACUCAGUACGGUACUCGGAACAGUACUCUGAUGCUAGGGAAAGACCAGGUGGAGAUGCGUGAAAUCAUCGGCAAACCGUUCUGGAGCACCUUCGAGAUGGUGCCGUCGCAAAACGGCAAUAGAACUUUUACCUUGAAGCUGACUGAGCAGACGGAGUCUUGGGACGAUCUGAAGGGCGACCUAAGUGGUCAGGAUAAUCGUUCCAUUACGGACGAUGGCACAUCGCAGAAGUUGUCGAAGGAGGAAAUCGUGCAGUUGCAAGAAACUGGCAAGACCGGCAAAGAGAUCAUCGGCAGUCUCAUAGAAAACAGCAAAUCCUUUGCUGCCAAGACUGAAUAUUCUCAGGAGAAGUACAUUAAGAAGAAAGAACGCAAGUACUUCAAAUUCCUGACGGUAUGCAAACCCACUGUGAUGUCGUUGCACGAGGUAUACUUUAGGUUGAGCCAAGACAAGAUCGGAGGACUGCGAAUGGAUGCAUUGGCGCAAAUAUUGUCCUACAGUAAUGUGCAAUCAGAUGGAUUGCAUAUGUUGUACGAUAGUGGAUCCCAAGGACUACCAGCUGCAGCUAUGUUAGAGAGAAUAGGAGCCAAUACCAGUGGUCACCUGAUCAAUCUACAUCCAGGCAAUACACCUCAGACUGCUAUCGUUCAAGCUAUGAAUUUUCCUCAAGAAUUAAAGGACAGGCAUGUCACAGUGAACAUUUAUAGCUUGCUAAGAUUAUACCACCAGGGCGAGUCAAGUGUAUUAGAUAUUAUUGCUUCUAAGAAUAGUGUUGGUAAUCAAAUAAAAAAGCAGGAGAACUCAAAAGAGAUGAUUGAAGAAGCUAGUAAAGAAACUGAUCUGGCAUCAAAUUUAAGCACUAAAGAUACCGAAUUAGAAGAUACAACAAAAACAGAUGUCGCAUUAGUCACAAAUGAGGAGUGCACCAAUACUUUAAAACGGAAAAUCGAUGAACUUGAGGAUGUGGUGCCUGCCAAGAAGCCAAAGUGGUUCUUUGAGACCCAACGGGCAAUGAAUCUAUUGAAUGCUUCCAAGGCUCUUGGCUUGACUGUCAUAGCCAAGGAGCAUCCUGCAAACAUUGUAUCCGCCCUGUUGCCCUUCUUAGGAAUAUCACGACCAUUCGUUAUCUUCCAUAUGCAUCGUGAGCCACUGCAAGAGACUUACAUAGAACUCAAGCAAAAGUAUAAUGUAAUAAAUUUAAGACUAUUCACAAACUUUUUACGUUCAUAUCAAGUGUUGCCCGACAGGACUCAUCCAAAUAUAUUGAUGAGCGAUACCGGUGGUUAUAUCUUGACAGGAUAUUUGGUUGAAUAACAAGAAAAUCAUAUUUUGAUAAAUUUUAAUACAAAGAAUUCACUGGUGCAUACUUUCCAACAUUUUCCAAACUGUCAAAAAUUACAAAAUUCAACCAUCAUGGAAUAAAGUGUACAGUCGACAAAAAAAGAGUAAAAAUUAAGAAAAUUUAAUAAGAUAA